GCUAGGGACUGGCAGCGGGCGCGGGACUGACCAUGACCAAGUGUCUGCUGGCGCUGCGCUCGCACGAGCACUACCGCGUGCGCCGCGAGCUGGCCGUCUACUGCGCUCGCGUGCUCAACGAGUGCACCGUAACAAUGCAGCCGUCCAUGCCGAUAGUGCUGGACAUCCUCAUCUCUCUAUCAAAGGACGAGUACCCCGCCGUCUCCACAUACUGCGCUGCGGCGGUGCGCGCGCACUUCGCGGCAGCCGGGCCGGACAAACACCAUCGGACUAUGGAUAACCUGGCUGAGAAUCUCUUUGUGAUGCUCAAUGGACUGCCACGGAUACUGAAUAAUAUUGACACGGGCCGCAAGCUCUACGCAUUAAACCUCCUGCACGGCUACAUCCAGAUCUUAGUAGACUCGGGCCGCCCGCAGCGUCUCAGCGGCGUGCUCAGCGUGCACCACAACAUGGCGCGCCUGUGCCACGCGCUGCUGGCCGCCGCCGCGCUGCAGACGCACGCCACGCCGCGCCGCGGUGAGACACUACACUAUUGGCGCAUCUAGGGUCAACAUGGCGCAUCUA